ACGAACAAAUCAUAUAUAAGCUUAGAGAAGUCAUAAAUACAACACGAUGUUUAUUUUCUGAGAUAACAUGGUGUCCAAGAACUGCAUUUAUAUUUGUGCUUUGUUGUAUUUCAACUGCAUUGCAGGAACAGUUGCAAAAGACAUCUUCUCACUAAAUGUAGAGGCUUAUGACGACACCUACGAAGAUGCAAAAUCUCUUCACAUAUCUAAAGUAGAAACUUUAAUUCAUUGCUCAAUGAAUUGUUUAAACCAGGCUCGUUGUGUGUCCUAUUUUUACAAUGGAUUAUCGAACAUGUGUAUCCUACAUGAAGAUCCUUUUACGUAUACAAUCCGGUCGCAGUCUGGAGCAGGAUGGAAAUUUUACAUUACCUUUGUCCACUCUAAUCGAUGCAAGCCUGAUUUCUUUUACUAUCGAUAUCAUGAUCUUUGCUAUAAAUUUGGACCAGCAAUAAAUGCUAACGAUUCUAGCAUUGCUUCGAUAUGUAGUGAACCUAACGAAGAUCUUGUGAGGGUCGAUUCUGAAGAAAGACAAUCCUACAUAGAAACAAUCACAGCUGACAUUGGUCUUGUGUACAAUAACGCCAUCUGUAUUCAGGGAACAAGCAUGCUAAGCUCAUCACACCAAUGGACAUUUAAUGAUGGGACCAGUAUGCUGUAUUCAAAAUGGGCUCAAGGUCAACCGGAAUCAAAUGGAACAUUUAUACGUAUGUUCCGAUCUUUAAAGUACAAAUGGUACAGUUUAGUUGAUGACAAUAAGUGCUCUUUCAUCUGUGAAUAUAAAUACAAUGACGAUACAUAAAAUGUAUAUCUAACACUAAUAAAACACAACUUUUUGCAACUCUUUGACAUUGAAGGUAAAACUUUGUCUACGACUAUUAUCAAAGAACCAAAAUUCCACCACUAUACCUCUUGUACAACGGUAUUUCCCGUCUCUCAAUUGUACAAAUGUAAUUAUGCAAAGUACU